AUUCAGAUCAUGAGACUGCUGGUGACAUUUCCCUGUACAUCCAGACCACAAAGUACAAACAAGAAUCCUUACCCACUUGUUAAAAAGGGAUGAGUUCCUUUCCACCUGAGGUGCUGCUUUUCUUAAAACUGAUCAGCCUUGCUUCAGGGCUGCAGUUUGCACCAUCAUCUUUUUUUUCCCAGGUGCCUUUCCUCACAGUGUGGAACGCCCCCACUGCCAGCUGUCUCUCUCAAUAUGGCGUGGACCUCGACUUGGGCAUGUUCAGCAUCGUCCAGAACCAGAACCAAACCUUUAUGGGUGAAAACAUAACCAUAUUUUAUGCUGAAAAGCUCGGUCUGUAUCCCAGGUACUCCAGCCGAGCAGAGGCUGUCAAUGGCGGGGUGCCGCAGAACGCCAGUUUUGACGAACACCUCAGAGUCGCCUCUGAAGAUAUCCGCACCUGUAUCCCUGACAGGGAUUUCCAGGGCCUGGCUGUGGUGGACUGGGAGAGCUGGCGACCUGUAUGGGAGAGAAACUGGGACAGUAAGCAGGUGUACUGGGAGGGGUCAAGAGCGCUAGUGAGGUCAAGGCAUCCAGACUGGAGCCCUGUGCAAGUAGAUGCUGCAGCACGGGUGGAGUUUGAGGAUGCUGGGAGGAAAUUCAUGGAGGAAACACUGAAACUUGGACAGCAGGAAAGACCAAAUGGGCUGUGGGGUUAUUAUGGUUUUCCCAACUGCUACAACUACUACACUGACAAAAGCACAAAGUACACAGGGGAGUGUCCAGCUGUAGAGAUAAAGAGAAACGAUGAGCUGUCGUGGUUGUGGAACGUCUCCUCUGCUCUUUAUCCUGACAUCUACCUCAGCCUCAACCUCCGAGACCUCGGCAGAGAAGUGCUCCUCUACACUCACCACCGCAUCCUGGAGGCCAUGAGAGCAGGAGCUCAGCAGACUUCAUCAACACCACCCGUGUUCCCGUACACUCGCAUCGUCUACACAUACACGUUAGAUUUCCUCUCUCUGGAGCACCUGGUCUACACCAUCGGAGAGAGUGCUGCUUUAGGAUCUGCAGGCGUAGUGCUUUGGGGCGACCAUGCUUUCUCCAAAUCUAAGGCCACGUGUGACGCCAUCAAAUCCUACAUCGACGAGACUCUGGGUUCUUACCUGGUGAACGUCACGUCAGCAGCCACUCUUUGCAGCCAGACCUUGUGUUCCUCUCAGGGAAGAUGCCAGAGGAGGAAUCCGAACUCAAGGGCCUACCUCCACCUCGACCCUGCCGUGUGGAAGGUGGUGUCUGAGAGGAAACCAGAGGGGGGGCAGAACUACAGAGUUUUAGGACAGAUAAGAACACAUGAGGUGACGCUCAUGAAGUCUAUGUUUCAGUGCAAGUGUUACCCGGGGUGGGGUGGUGAGAGCUGCUCCAAAGCUCAGGGAUAAAUUACUUUUCUUGAGGGAGGUAAUCCAGUGACAGUAUUGGACUGAUAAAUAAUGGUAAAGUUUGUAAAACGUGUGAAAGUGAACCACUCCAGAGGCAGAAUGGAGCUACACGAGUGCAUGUGGUCUCCUGAGAAUGGAAAUUUGUGUUUUCUUAAUGAAUUACUUUUGUAAUUUUCCUUAAUUUACAUGGGAGAUAAUGUUGCAGUUUUUUAAAUAAAUCCCCAUUUAUCAAUGUAUGCAGACUAAAGUUUACAUUCCAUUAUGUGUUAUAAUAAAUUAAGAAUGUGUUGUUUAAUGACA